CGCCGCUGAUUGGCGGAUCGGCGGGCGCGCGGCGGGGCAGAGGGGCGGCCGGCGGCGCUUACAAAGCGCGGCGGCGAAGGUCACGGGCGGAGGAUUGGCUGGCGAGGGAGCGCGUGGAGGGGCCCGGCCGCGUUCGGAGCGGGCGGGCCGGCGUUCCACGGGCCGUUGCCGAGCGUUCCACCGGCGGCUGCCGAGCCUUCCGCGGGCCGCUCUCCGGCAAUGGAGGCAGCCAGCGCGCUGCUGGCCGGCUGCCCGGUCGCCGGCCUGGCCGGGGGGCUGGGGGUCACCGUCUGCGCCGCCGCCGGGCUGCUCCUCUACAAGAUCGCGCGGAGGAAGAAGCCCACACACAUGUCUGUGAACUGCUGGUUCUGUAACCAGGACACGGUGGUGCCCUAUGGGAAUCGCAACUGCUGGGACUGUCCCUACUGUGAACAAUACAAUGGCUUCCAAGAGAAUGGAGACUACAACAAGCCCAUUCCUGCCCAGUACAUGGAGCACCUAAACCACGUCGUGUCAGGCGCCACCACCUUUUGCGACCCCACCAAGCCACAGCAGUGGGUGAGCAGCCAGAUCUUGCUGUGCAAGAAAUGCAACAAUCACCAGACCAUGAAGAUCAAGCAGCUGGCGUCCUUCGCACCCAGGGAAGAGGGUAAAUACGACGAGGAGAUCGAGGUAUACAAGCACCACUUGGAGCAGACCUACAAGCUGUGCCGCCCAUGCCAGGCCGCUGUGGAAUAUUACAUCAAGCACCAGAACCGGCAGCUCCGGGCGCUGCUGCUGAGCCACCAUUUCAAACGCCGGGAGACUGACAAGCCCUAUAUGCAGAGCUUUUGCUCUUCCUCCUCCUCCAUGAGCACCCCGACUCAGGUGAUAAUUCUGCGGUUCCUGACUUUCCUCAGCUGUGCGUUCCUUGUCCUGAUGGCCUUGUAUGGGUCAGGUGACCCCUUCUCACUCAAAGUCACGGCCCCUGCUUCUACGGAAACUGGCCCCAUGGCCAUCGGGAAUGGGACUGCAGCGAGCCCAGCAGCGGCCUCGGAGAAUCGCACUCUCCUGGGAAUUGCAGGCUGGUGGGAGCUGCUCCACCUGCUGCCAGAGCAAACGGUGAAGAACUUGAGUGUCGCUUGGACCUACGGGAGGAACCAUCAGAUUGCGGUCGUCCUCCUCGGGCUGUUCACCUGCCUGUUAGCCAUGCUUCUGGCCGGACGGAUCAGGCUGCGGAGAAUCGAUGCCUUCGCCUCGGUCCUGUGGCUCCUGGUGAUGGGUUUGCACUUGGCUGAAAAGUACCUGAAGGCAGACACACCCAGCUGGCUGGACACGGCCAAAUUCGGCACCACGUCCCUGUGCUGCCUGGUGGGCUUCACCGCAGCAGUGGCCACACGAAAGUCAACGGGCCAACGGAGAUACCGGCCCCGAAGGUUUAUUUCCGGGGAUUCGGUCACUCUGUUCCCCAGUGGCUCUGGGUUUGGUUUCCCUUGUUCCACUGGCUCGCCGUCUGUUUUUAUCCCAACGCCCCCCAGCAUCCUCCAGCUGACGAACCAGCAGUUCUUCAGAUCCCCACGCAGAGCUUCCUCUUCCUCGCUCCCUGGACGUCUGAACAGGGCCCUCUCGCUGGGCACCAUCCCUUCCCUAGCCAGGACAGAUUCUGGCUACUUGUUCAGUGGAAGCCGCCCGGCGUCCCAGGGAUCUCAGUCUAAGGAGUCGCCUGCAUCAGAGUACUACUCCCUGCUGUCUGGAAGCUGCGCUCCAUCCCCCAUUCCAUCUCCAGCACCUUCGGUGGCUGGCUCCGUCACCUCCAGCUCCGGCUCAUUGCAUUACCGCCGGCCCCUCAUCAGUCCUGCACGCCUGAACCUGAAAGGGCAGAAGCUGCUGCUUUUCCCAUCCCACAGUGACGCCCUGCACUCGCCGACCAGCUUGGAUGAGCCUCCGCACCCUGACAGCAACGUCUUCGCUGCUGAGCUGACCCCGUUCCCAAAAAAGAACCUCCGUGAGCGGGGAAUGCCUGAUAUGAGGUCAGUCGUGGAAAGAGGGAGUAUUUGCAGUAAUAAUUCCAUCAAAAAAGAGGAUAAUUCGUCACAUUCAUCCACCUGUGUGGUGGACACGACCACCAAAGGAGAAGACCCAGCAGGCUGGAGAGGUCAUUUUGGUAACUCCACUAUCCGAGGUCUCCUUGCCGUGAGCCUGACAGCCAAUGCGAUCUUCACAUCAGCCUACCUCUACCAGAGCCUGCGCUGACCUGCGCCGCCCCGGCUCUUCGUGGCGCCACCUACUUCCCAAGAGACUGACACGAGAACAAUUCAGCCGCAGCUUUGGUGUCUUAUGGCCGUGCCACAGGUGCAUGCUCCUUAUCAACCACUGCCUGCCAGGCUGCCCCAGGGACACAGAGCCAGACAGCUGCUGCUGCCACCUCGGAGCAGAACGUAUUGAAGGGCUGUUGUGAUGCUGGAGGUGGCCAGCGGGACUCUUCGUAAUACCCAGCUCAAGGUGAGAGGUCAGCUAACGUCCCUUGCACCUUCUUUCUAAAGAAUCUGUCUGUGGCAUGAACUGGAGAAGAUGUAAAUGACCUGGUUGGCUUUGUCUCAUCCCAUCUUUCCCACCUAUUAACCAACCUCGGAUGGACGGUCAUGAUGGAAUAAGAAGAAUUUGAACAAAUAAGUUGGAGACAAGAAGCAGGACCUGGUCUUCAAUUAUUGAAAUGGCUUCCCUAGCCUGGUUUCCUUGUUGACACCUAUUCUCCCUCCCUCUCACUCUCCCCGGUUCUGUUCUAUAUGAAUGGUUUUAUGUCCUCCUUAAGGUUUCCGGAACCCAUAGCGGGGACCUUAGCUGCUCUGUGAUUCUCUUGCAGAGUGUGUGUGUGUGUGUGUGUGUGUGCGCAUGCAGUCUGCUGUCUGAGGUCUCUAGCCAGUUGCCUUCCUGCAAUUCUGGCUCCCGGUAACCAUUCAUGUCCAUUGCUCAAACCAGUACAGCUGCUGUAGAGCUGGGCACAUCUGCAUUAAAAAAGCAAACCCAUGCUUUUCGCCUCGCCAGGAGGUGCCAGUACUACUGUAAUAUGUGCCCUGAUGCACUUGCAUCGGGCCUCAGGAGCUCCAGGCUGCAGCUCUGACUGCUGAUGUGUUUGCUGACAUUGGGAGCUGCACAGCUUGUUCUUACUGUAAACCACAUAAACAUACUGUUUUGGAAACUGUGUGAAGAGCGCUUCUAACAGGGAGGAGUCUGAUAACAUGCCCCACUCUAGAGGCUUGGCUCCUCAUGGUUGGUGGAGGCCUUUAUCAUUCACUAUUUAAGGUAUUGCCUUCUUGGCUAAACUGCAAGUCUGUCUCAGCUAGAGAUGCACCAGACCAGCUAAACGGCCAGGAUGUCGCUUAAAAUCCAUGGUGCUAGCCCAAUACUUUCAAAAAUAGUUUCUAAUUUUGAAAGUCUCAAUUUUUUGGGUGUCCAACUUGAGAUGCUUUAAAGGAGCCAGGUAAUUUUUUUCCAGAGGGUGAGUGUUCAGCGCUCCUUGGAAAUCAGGUCCCUUUAAGGUGUCAAGUUGGACACCCAAAAUCAUGGGUAUGUCUGAAAAUUAUGGCCCCAAUGUCUAAAUUCCUCCACGCCAACCACAUGGCACAAAGGGAGACCUGGCUAACACAAAGGAUGAGGCCUCUGAAGCAUGACAGGACUCUGCCCAGAACCUUCCUGUGGUUCUGGUCCUGUUUUCCUUUUGGUCUUGAAUCCUCUUACGUCUCCACAUCUUCUUCUGUUUUGGAACUACUGAAUUGUGCUUGCCAUGUCUCUUCCCCUCUGCAUGCCCUGCUACUGUAUACUUUGGGCAUUCCUCCUCCUCCUCCACACCCAACCACUGUGGUAGUCUGCUGGCGAUAACAGACUUCCCUAUUAAUCUGAAAAUCUCAUCUCAUAGUGGAGAUCUGGUGCUUUAAGAAACUGCUUUUCCUUCAUGUUGCUCAUUGAGCCAUCAUGCCCUCUCCUAGGACAAACAAAGUGAUAACCAAACACUCUAAUCAAUGUGCUGCCCAUCCAGGUGAGUGGCCUUUAUUGCUGGUGACUCAAGUCUUGCUCUCCCUGUGUCUCUGCACCUAUUCUUGCAUUAUCUUAGCAACCUUCUUCUAGCCCCUAUUGGUCCGGGAAGCCCUCCUACUGCCUUCUCCUCUCUCUCGUCACAUGCAGGAGACUGACUGACUGCCACGGGCUCUUAUCAAGAGAUUGUGGAAGCAGGAUCUCUGACUCUGUAGCUUUGUCUGGACCCUCCUUUGGUGUUCUGGCCUGGCUGUCUACCAGGCAACUCCUUCCCCACGGCCUAGAUUCAGACUAGCAACUGUAUCAGAAAUAGUGGGCCAUGCCGUAUGCUGAUUAGUAACUCUUUGUAACUUGCAUUAAAUGUUUCCCAUGUUUGGGCUAGUCUGCGACCUCACAGUGGUGAGAUUUGUGUCCCUCUGACGUUUCUUUGGGUUGUAUUUAGUGUUCACACAGGCAAAAAACUGGUAGUGGCAUUCCACAAGCAUUCUCCAUACCGCUGUGGCACUGUAACUCACUCCUGACCCGCAGCAACCCAUGGUAUCCUGGUCAGGGCCCCUUGUCCUGACUUUUGGCAUGCCCACGUGCUCCUAAGUGGAGACUGGCAUGCCAGAGUACGGUGGCCUUGUACGUCUUAUUGUGAUAGAUGUGCACUGUGACUUUGCUUAUGCCACGAAAUUCGUUUCACUUCUCACCUCACGGUCUGUGCUGUAUUUACCCACCGCCACAUCUAGCACGUGGCCCCUCUUCACAUGGUUUUUAUUUGUCCCCACCAAACUCCAGUGCUGGAUUUGCCCCUGUCUAGCAUUUCUUCUUUGUUCCCAGCACCCGCGGCUCUGUAGACUCCCAGCCCCUCCUUUCUUCCUCUUGCAUGUUUCUUGUUUCAGGAACUCCCUGAUUCCAUUUCUGAAUCUGCUGCCAGGAGGUUGGGCUCCUGACCAGGCAUUUAGGUGACCCUGUCUGAGGCCGUUUUAAGACUUUUUGGAUGCUCUCACUUAAGAGGAAAAUCACAAGCCCUUUCAAUCUGGUGCUAGAACAAGGCAGGAGCGAUGCUAUUGCUGAUGCAGAGCCUUCACUGUUGUUAGUGUGUGUGCAUGUGUGUGUAUAAAUGUUUGAAGAGUUUCUUCAUUUUGAAAGAUCUGAGCCCAUGUUUGUCACUAUAUUGUCAGCCUUAAUCCAGCUACUGGACACUAUGUCCAUCCUGCUGCUGUUCUAUAUAAUGCUGGUUUGGAGGAAUCAAAAAAAUGGUUCCCCGGUCAAAAUCUUUGUGCAUGAAUUGCUGGUGGCAUGGGUCUUCGUACAGUAUUGUUCAGGGAUGGAAUUUUAUUUUUCUAAUUGUUUUUGCUGUAAAAGCCUUUUAGGGGUGGGGAUGGAUGUAAACUUUCUGUACAUUAAACAAGAUAUGAGCUUUAUUUAAAUAAGGUCAAGGUUGACUUAGAGGUCGGACAUAAAUGAACUCUUACCAAAAGGAACCUCAGCCCUGCUGCUGAAUGAUCACCCUCUCUCCUUCCCAUCCUCCCUUAAAGAUGCACACAUCCUUCUUCUCUGUGCCCAGAUUUAUUAUGCAUGUCCCAAGACCCUGGAGAGUCUUCCCAUGAUGAUGUCAGCUCUGAAUUAAGAGUAUCUUGGAUUCCCAAUGCUACUUUUCAAGAGCUGUAUCAGCAGGUGUGAUGUAUAUUGUUCAGGGAGUGAAGAGAGUUUGGAGAACGAGUUGUCAUAUCCUAUAAUAGCCCAGACCUAGAAGUAAGCAUUCCUGGCACAUAAGCGGACUGAACUCGCUGCAGUUCAGCCCGCUUACUCAGUGGCAAAUUUUGGCCAGUGAACGUCCAAAUCCCAUUCCCUAUUCCUGGGUGACAGUAAUAUUGUGAAACAUUGCCGAACUAGUUGGGGGUCUCUAAAGUGAUGCAGCUGGGAGCCUGUGCUGCCUCUGGAUAUCUCUGGAUACUGCUAUAUUUCCCAACCACCCUUCCUGGAAAUAUCCUUGUCUUAACUUCUGUCCCAGAUGUUUGUAAGAACGUCAGAAAGCACCUAUUUCAUCAGUGCAAGGAAGCUGUUUCCACAAACGCUGCCUCCAGAAGUGACUAUCAAAUCCUCUGUGUCCUUGGAUGGGUGGGGAGGGGUUUGAGGUACCUGCUGGUAGAAGUAGGUAUUUGGGGAGGGUGGGGAAUGAUGAUAAAGCGGAGUCCUAAACCUUAUCUCCUACUAAAGAAAUGUUGUAUGUUAUCUGUAUGCUUGCUUUGGGCUCUGACGCUGUACAGUUUAGUUAUAUUGUGCUCCAGUUACGGGGAAAUCUGUCCCUGGGAGGUUUUUAGUUCAUGCUCGGUGUUUAAAGAGGAUUAUUUUUCUUUAAAAAACAACAGAAAAAAAUACCCCCAAAAAUUUGAAAUUAUAAAUCUCAUUUUAAA